GGGAGGUGACCUGGACCACCACAUGGGCUUUGUGGGAUAUGCGUCUCAGUCCACAUCCUCUUAAGUCACAUACUGUAUUGCAGGAUUUUGUUUGUUUUGCAAUAAGGACUCCAGAGUCACUGUUAUAGUUUAAUAAGUUUCGUCAUAGAAGAAUGGAGAAGUAAAAGUGAGCCUUAACAUUACUUGCAUGAGGAAGAAACUUUAAGCAUACUUCUUGGCAGUGGUUGAACCAACAACCAGAACCUGGGAGCAUCAUGAGCAACAGCAGCACAGCUUCUGAGUGGAAUAUAUCAGGCAUGGCUGCCAGUGGAAUCCUGGGCCUGGCAUUUCUGUUGGGGGCUCCAGGAAACCUGCUGGUGAUCUGGACCAUCAUGCAGCAUGUGAAGUUGCGCUCUUUCACUGUGGUCCUCAUCUUCCAUCUGGCUGUCGCGGACCUGCUGGUUGUGAUCACGCUGCCCUUCUGGAUCUACUCCCUGGCUCAAUCCUGGAUCUUCGGCCCAGUAGCCUGCAAAGCUGUGGUCUAUGUGGUCUGCUCCUGUAUGUACACCAGCGUCUUCCUCAUCACCACCAUGAGCGUGGAGCGCUAUGUGGCCAUUCGCUAUCCAUUCAGCCUGAUGAGUCAGAAGAGGACAGCGAUAUUGGUGAAGUUGCUUGCUGGCAUCUGGGUCCUAGGCUUCCUAUUUGCAAUCCCUUCAAUUACAACAUACCAUGUGGAUAUGAUGGACGGAAUACCACAGUGUCUUUUCCAGACAUACAGCUCCCUGAGCCAAGAGGUGGUAUGUUUUCUACUGGAGACUGUGAUAAACUUUGUCAUCCCUUUCUUAGUCCUUGGAAUCUGUUAUUGCCAAGUAGCCAGUCAUCUCCGUCAGAUGAACCUGCAGCAGAAAUGCAAGUCUUCCACUGUGAUCAUCUGUAUUGUCGUUGCCUUUGCCAUAUGCUGGUUCCCAUACCACUUAACCAACACCAUCCAUUUGUUCAAUAACCUAGAUGUGAAGGAACCUGAUGAGAGCUUCUACCAUGUGUUUUCGUUAAUCUCUGGGGCCCUUGUAUUCAUCAACAGCUCACUGAACCCUGUUCUCUAUACUUUUGUUGCUCGAAGAUUCCAAGGUAGCCUGAUGAAGUCAAAUUUGGUGAAGUUGUUUAAGGAUAUGGCGACAACCCAUACAAAAUCACCAGACAGCACCAACUUGGCUAUAAUAUAGAAUAUUCUCCAUAAUGAACAAACAAGAAUGUAAGUCAUGGGUUUUGCUCUGUUGUUUCAUUUAUCCAUUUCAUCCACUGUUCUUCAUGCUAACACAAGGAAAACUGCAGACCAUUUUAAAAACAAAUCAGUCCCAUUAAAUGCCAUAAUAUUUGCAAAAUAAUCAGCAUAUAAAAAUAGAUAGGAAUUAACAUAUAACUUUGAAUUCCUACUAUAUAUAUGGUGUUUAUAAUUUCAAGUUUUGUUGUGUUAGAUUUUGUACAGUUACCCGAAAAUGUAUUUAAAAAAAAAAAAAAAAACAGAGUCUGAUCCAGGAAUGGGC